AUGCAAUACGCUGGAACAAUUUCGCUGCCGGUGCUAAAAUGCACGCCGGUAAAAUUGCCGAUAAUUUUCAAAUCUAGAGUCCCGGUUUUGCUUUCUGAAGGGAGAGCAAAUGGUGUUGCUUUCCAAGACCAUGGCUGUAAGAGACAACACAAUCCGUCUGUUCUUUCUGUGUCUGCUCGGAGAUUGAGACGCCAUCGAAAAUCCGUUACUUAUAUUACAGCCGCUUCGAGUGGCAGCGAAGGCUCCGUGUCUGAGCUGGACGAUAAUGUGAGGAAGUUAGUGCAGGCUUUGCUAUGGACUGCAGAGGGCAUCUACAUCGUUUGGCUCUUCUUACUUCCCUAUGCUCCUGGAGAUCCUGUUUGGGCCAUUAGUUCAGAAACAAUUAAUGCAUUGAUCGGCCUCUCUCUCAAUUUCUUCUUCAUACUGCCUUUGACAAACAUUGCCGGUUUUCAUUUAAUUGAGGCACCGGUGCUUCAUCCGAUGUCCGAAGGUUUGUUCAACUUUGUAAUUGGGUGGACAGUCAUGUUUGCUCCUCUGCUUUACACUGAUAAAAGGAGAGACAGAUUCAAGGGAUCACUUGAUGUUCUUUGGGGCUUUCAGAUGUUCCUCACAAACACAUUCUUAAUCCCUUACAUGGCUUUACGUCUGAACAAGGCUGAUACGGAAAACACACCAAAAAACACCUCUCAGCUUGGUUCAGUUAUGACGAAAGGGGCAGCUGCAGUUGGGCUGAUUAGUGGGCUUGUAUGUUUGGUCUCGAUAUUGUGGGCCUUAUAUGGUCGUGCGGAUGGAGAUUUUGGUGAUUUACGAGCGAGAUGGGAUUUCUUGUUGGGCUAUCUUGGGUCCGAGAGGCUUGCUUAUGCUUUCGUUUGGGACAUCUGCCUGUACGUAGUUUUCCAGCCAUGGUUGAUUGGCGAUAACUUGCAAAACCUGGAGAAGGAUAAAAUCGAUUUAGUUAAAUUUCUUAGGUUUGUACCUGUAGUUGGCAUGAUUGCUUACUGUCUUUUCUUGAAGGUUGACAAGGAGAAGUAG